UUAAUGUAUAGAGACAUAAUUUUGCCAAAGGACAUACACGACUCACUUACACUGACUGGUAUGAGUGUAGGCAGGUGGUUUUUGCUUUACACACCUUUAAAAAUUUGAGAGAUUUUGCUCUUCAGUUGGUAGAGUUACUCAUACUCUUUUUAAGCUCUUAAAUUAGCAAGCCUUCAAAACCAAAAAUGGAGUCUAGAAGAACUGUAUCUUCUAGGCACCAUUCUCUUAGCUCCUAUGAAAUCGUGUUUGCAGCUCUCUUUGCCAUAUUGAUAGUGCUCUGUGCUGGAUUAAUUGCAGUGUCCUGGCUGACAAUCAAGGAAUCACAACAAGGUGCAGCACUUGGACAAAGUCAUGAAGCCAGAGGGACAUUUAAAAUAACAUCUGGAGUUACAUAUAAUCCUAAUUUGCAAGACAAACUCUCAGCGGAUUUCAAAGUUCUUGCUUUUGACCUUCAGCAAAUGGUAGAUGAGAUCUUUCUAUCAAGCAGUCUGAAGAAUGAAUAUAAGUACUCAAGAGUUUUACAAUUUGAAAAUGGCAGCGUUAUUGUUAUAUUUGACCUUUUCUUUGCCCAGUCUGUGUCAGAUGAAAAUGUAAAAGAAGAACUGAUUCAAGGCAUUGAAGCAAACAAAUCCAGCCAACUGGUCACUUUCCAUAUUGAUUUGAACAGCGUUGAUAUCCUAGCAUCUUUGGAGAAUUUUUCUACAGUAAGCCCUGCAACGACUUCAGACAAGCUUAUAACCACCAGUCAUCUGGCAACUCCAGGAAAUGUCUCAAUAGAGUGCCCGUCUGGUUCAAGUCCUUGUGCUGAUGCUCUAACAUGUAUAGCAGCUGAUUUGUUUUGUGAUGGAGAAUUAAACUGUCCAGAUGGUUCUGAUGAAGACAAUAAAACAUGUGCCACAGCUUGUGAUGGAAGAUUUUUGUUAACUGAAUCAUCUGGAUCUUUCCAGGCUACUCAUUAUCCAAAACCUUCUGAAUCAACUGUUGUUUGCCAGUGGAUCAUACGUGUAAACCAAGGACUUUCUGUUAAACUGAGCUUUGAUCAUUUUAAUACAUAUUAUACAGAUAUAUUAAAUAUUUAUGAAGGUGUAGGACCAAGCAAGAUUUUGAGAGCUUCUCUUUGGGAAACUAAUCCUGGCACAAUAAGAAUUUUUUCCAACCAAGUUACUGCCACCUUUCUUAUAGAAUCUGAUGAAAGUUAUUAUAUUGGCUUUAAUGCAACAUAUACAGCAUUUAACAGCAGUGAGCUUCAUAAUUAUGAGAAAAUUAAUUGUAACUUUGAGGAUGGCUUUUGUUUCUGGAUCCAGGAUCUAAAUGAUGAUAAUGAAUGGGAAAGGAUUCGGGGAAGCACCUUUCCUCCUUUUACUGGACCCAAUUUUGACCACACAUUUGGCAAUGUGUCAGGAUUUUACAUUUCUACCCCAACUGGACCAGGAGGGAGACAAGAACAAGUGGGACUUUUAAGCCUCCCUUUGGACCCCACUUUAGGACCGGCUUGCCUUAGCUUCUGGUAUUACAUGUAUGGUGAAAAUGUCUAUAAAUUAAGCAUUAAUAUCAGCAAUGACCAAAAUAUGGAGAAGACAAUCUUCCAAAAGGAAGGAAACUAUGGAGAAAAUUGGAAUUAUGGACAAGUAACACUAAAUGAAACAGUUAAAUUUAAGGUUGCUUUUAAUGCUUUUAAAAACAAGAUCCUGAGUGACAUAGCAUUGGAUGACAUUAGCCUAACAUAUGGGAUUUGCAAUGAGAGUCUUUAUCCAGAACCAACUUUGGUCCCAACUCCUCCACCAGAACUUCCUACGGAUUGUGGAGGACCUUUUGAACUGUGGGAGCCAAAUACAACAUUCAUUUCUAUGAACUUUCCAAACAGCUACCCUAAUCAGGCUUUCUGUGAGUCAUUUCUUUUCCAAGUCAUCAGAAACAAAUGUGUUUGGAUUUUAAAUGCACAAAAAGGAAAAAAUAUACAACUUCAUUUUCAAGAAUUUGACUUAGAAAAUAUUAAUGAUGUAGUUGAAAUAAGAGAUGGUGGAGAAGCAGAUUCCUUGUUCUUAGCUGUGUACACAGGGCCUGGUCCAGUAAAGGAUGUGUUCUCUACCACCAAUAGAAUGACUGUGUUUCUCAUCACUAACAAUGUGUUGGCAAGAGGAGGGUUUAAAGCAAACUUCACUACGGGUUAUCGCUUGGGGAUUCCAGAUCCAUGCAAGGAAGACAGUUUUCAAUGUGACAAUGGAGAGUGUGUUCCACUGGUGAAUCUCUGUGACGGUCGUCUGCACUGUGAGGAUGGCUCAGAUGAAGCAGAUUGUGUGCGUUUUUUCAAUGGCACAAUGAACAACAAUGGUUUAGUGCGGUUCCGAGUCCAGAGCAUGUGGCAUACAGCUUGUGCUGAGAACUGGACCACCCAGAUUUCAAAUGAUGUUUGUCAGCUGCUGGGCCUAGGGAGUGGAAACUCAUCAAUGCCAAUUUUCUCUACUGAUGGUGGACCUUUUGUCAAAUUAAACACAGCACCUGAUGGCAGCUUAAUACUAACACCCAGUCAACGGUGUUUACAGGAUUCUUUGAUUCUGUUACAAUGUAACCAUAAAUCUUGUGGAAAAAAACUGGUGGCUCAAGACAUCACCUCAAAGAUUGCUGGAGGGAGUAAUGCAAAAGAAGGAGCCUGGCCCUGGGUUGUGGCUCUGUAUUACGACGGCCGUCUGCUCUGCGGGGCCUCUCUCGUCAGUAGUGACUGGCUGGUGUCCGCUGCACACUGCGUGUAUGGGAGAAAUUUAGAGCCAUCCAAGUGGACAGCAAUCCUAGGCCUGCAUAUGGCAUCAAAUCUGACCUCUCCUCACACAGUCUCUCGGUUGAUAGAUCAAAUUGUCAUAAACCCUCAUUACAAUAAACAAAGAAAGAACAAUGAUAUUGCCAUGAUGCAUCUGGAAUUUAAAGUGAAUUAUACAGAUUACAUACAACCUAUAUGUUUACCAGAAGAAAAUCAAGUUUUUCUUCCAGGAAGAAAUUGUUCUAUUGCUGGUUGGGGGAGAGUUGUACAUCAAGGUCCUACUGCAAACAUAUUGCAAGAAGCUGAUGUUCCUCUUCUAUCAAAUGAGAAAUGCCAAAAGCAGAUGCCAGAAUAUAACAUUACUGAAAACAUGAUAUGUGCAGGCUAUGAAGAAGGAGGAAUAGACUCUUGUCGGGGGGACUCAGGAGGACCGUUGAUGUGCCAAGAAAACAACAGGUGGUUCCUUGCUGGUGUGACCUCAUUUGGAUACCAGUGUGCCCUGCCUAAUCGCCCCGGAGUGUACGCCAGAGUCUCAAGGUUUACAGAAUGGAUCCAAAGCUUUCUACAUUAGAGCAUUUCUUAAACCAAAUGGGAAAGUCAGAUUAUUUUCACAUUCUACUCUAGAAAUCAUGGAAAUUAAGUGUUUUGUACAAAAUUUUUUAAAAGUUACCAAAAGUCUUUAUUCUUACAUAUGACAAUUAAAUGCUAGGGGGCCAGGGAAGCAAAAUUUUAAAAAUAUUAAAAUUCAUCUUGGCAAUAGAGUAACUUUAAAAUACCAUUAAAUACAUUUUUAUUUCAUUGUGAACAGCUAUUUCUUCACAGAUCUCAUUUCUUAAAUUCUUAAUCAUUAUUUUUAUUAUUUACUGCUAUUCAAAGGGGUGUUAUUUAAAAACAUAUGCCAUAUACUUAAGAAAUUUUGAGCAUAAUUUAAAAAAAAAAGAAAAUAAAAUGUUUUGCCCAUAAUAUGUCACUGUUGGAAAUAAACUGCCAUAAAUUUUCUAGUUCCAGUUUAGCUUGCUAUUAGCAGAAUCUCAAUAGUUUUCAUCUCAAUCAUUUUUCUGUUUUUUUUUUCCUAUCAAAAUGCAUUCUUAUUUCAACAUAUGCAUAACCUUAGUAUUUUCCCCACUAAUUGAAAAUAUUUAUUGUGAGCUUAUAUCACAGGCCUGGACUAAAUUGACUUUACAUUCCUCUUAAAUAAGCAAAUUAAAUAAAAGAUAAAUUAAUUAAUAUGGUCAUUGUAUAUUAGAUAAAUUUUUGCCUGGAUUAUGUAUACUGUCUAUUUAUUUCAAGCUAGUGUUUUUAAGUCUCCAAAAAAUAAUCAGACAUACCAAAGAAAUGCACCUAUUACAAAUGCUGGUCUUGGUUUAUGUGUGUUACCGUGAAUUUCUAAUAUGUGAAAAACUUGUUUAGACACAGCUGAAUUGCCCAUGAUAAGGUCAAAUAUGUGUAAUAAAUGAAUUUGCUUCACGUGUUUAAUCUCUUGGAUCAUCUCCAGAAUAAGUGCAGACUUCAAUUUAGCUCACCACACAGAAUCUGUUGAUGUAUUUGGGGAGAAAAAAAAUCAUACUUAGUUAAUACAAAACAACACACACACAUGCACACACACACACACACACACACACACAUUCUUGCAUGGAUAAUAUAAUAGAAGAGAGAGUAAGGUUAAAAGAAGUUGAAAGAAGGGACCAAUCUGUAUGAAUUGACCUUAUGGAAGAAAGGAGACUUGAACUUCAUCAGGAAAUAAUAAUUAUUACAGAGGCAUUGAAGAGAAUAUUGGGGACCCAGUGUGCAGGUGGGAGUCAGUUAAGGGAAAGGGGUCAAUAGAGAACCAUGUGUUGUCAUACCAAAAGACUCUCUCUCUCUGGCAAACAGUCAGAUAAAGGGCAAAAAAUGUUAUAUGAAGAUGUGGCCAGAUGAUGGAAGACUGCAAAUUCCCGUUAAGGAAUUGUAGAAUUCAUUCUUUGGACAAAAAUCAGAAGCCACUCGUUUAGGUCCAUUUUCAUGCUGCUAAUAAAGACAUACCAAGACUGGGUAAUUUAUAAAGGAAAGAAGUUUAAUAGACUCACAGUUCCACAUAGCUGAAGAGGCCUCACAAUCAUGGUGGAAGGCAAAGGAGGAGCAGAGUCACUUCUUACAUGGAAGCAGGCAAAAGCGUAUUUGCAGGUAAACUCCCAUUUAUAAAACUAUCAGAUCUCUUGAGACUUACUCACUACCAUGAGAACAGUAUGGG